AAGUUAUAUGUAACAGGAGAGAGAACACUAGUUCCGAGUAUCUAUCUCUCUCUCCCACUACUGGUGCCGCUGCUACGAGCACAGCCGCUUUAUUGACCUUCACAUUGCUGGCUGACGGAUCCGCGGCUUCGAUUUACAUCUCUAUUGAUUGGUCAAUCACUUUAACGAUGCGAUUCUGUACAAAGCAAUUAUCGCAGCUGACGAUUUUACUGCUACUGGUUGUAAAUGAAGUCAUCGUAACAGCUUAUCGCUAUCCGUCGCAGGAAGAAGCAAGCUGUCCUCGUCCUGGAUGUGUCUGCAAUACCACACAUGUUGUCUGCGAAAACUCUCACUUCAGAAAUUCCGAUGUAUUUCAGCAGAUCCAUGAACGAGCGUUUCCUCACAUGGAUACACUAAUGAUGACAGGAAACGAUUUUGGAGAUGUCUCCGAUGGUCUUUUCACAGAAGGUGAGCAUCAUCGCAGUCUAUCGCUGAUGAAUCUAUCACGAAAUGGGAUCACUAAAAUAUCCUCUGACACCUUCAAAGGGACACCAGCUGUGCAGUUCUUGUAUCUCAAGGAUAACGACAUCAAACAUGCUGGACGAUAUCCAUUUGAGCCGAUGGAGAGGUUACGAGUACUGGAUAUGAGUAAUGCUCUCGGUAAUCGACCAGCUGAGUCCAAAGCGGAUCUCAUUUCUUUAUUGUUCGACGCAAGGAGGAAAGGUUUUGUAGAAUUGGCAGAAUUGAAACUUUCUGACAAUGAUAUCCACAAACUGCACAAGGAUUCAUUCUGCAAGAUUCAUGGAUUACGGCGGUUGGAUCUAUCGAAUAACAGCUUAUCUGCAUUUGAUAUCGCUGCUGGCUGUCUUCGCUCCCUUGAAGCUCUCGAUCUGCGAGGAAAUAAAUUCACUAAUAUACCCGUAGCACUAUGGGACUCACUGGAAUCACUAAGCACUCUGGAUAUCUCCGAAAAUCCACUAGAUUGUGACUGCAAUCUACAACCUUUUGCAACCAUUGCUAGACGAGAGAAGUACAGUUUUGUGAAUCAGGGCAAGACCAUUUGCGUUUCGCCUCCUCAUCGUGCCGGACAGAACUUAUUUGAUCUCAAAGAAGAUCUCUGCAAAAGCAGAGGUUGGAGCAUUGGAACUUUCAUUUUGCUCAUUGCGAUCUCCGGAGCAGCUCUUUUCGCCUAUCGCUACUACCGUAAUCGGAUAUACAAGCAGCCAAUGUUCCAAUUCGGUUACAGUGGUCUCGACAGUAAUGAGGACGCUGUUCGACCGGAAUUUGUUUGACGUUAAGUGUUAUUUAUCUGUAAUUAAUGGUGUUAUAGUGAUAUCCCGAUGUGCCUAAAUCUGCUCACCCUCAAUGUUAGAGAAACUUUAGAUUUUGAUGUGUUUAGCUUGUAUAGAUCUGUAUCACAUUGAAUUAGAGCUUUCAAAGUUUGUAGCCUCGGUAAGAAAGAGCGCUAAGUAAAAAUGUGACAAGUAUGCAUCAAGUGAAAGCUACAGUUCUAAUGAAAUUCGAGAUAAUUAUAUGUUGUCUCAUAAUAAAGAAAAC